UUCCUUUUGUUGACCCACCCCUUCUUUUACAACCCAACAUAAAUAAUUUACUAAAACAAAAGUUUAUUUCUAGUUAUACACAUUCAUUCAUUUGUUUCCUUUUUUAUUAAAUUAUUAUUUUAUAUACAAAACUUGUUAUAUAUACCUCCUUCAACCUUUCCUUCCCUCAUUCAAACCCCCCAACACUCAUACAGUCAUACACUACACCAUUAUUAUUCCUCUAUAUAUUUUUCUCAUCUGUCUUUUUAUUAAAUUAAGAAAUUAAAGAAAGAAUGGAUUUAAGUAGUAUGGAUGAAAGCUGUUCAACAACUGAUUCUCUGAUACCUCAAAUGAUUCCUGAUAUUAUGAAAAUCGCGGCGGCUCCCUUUUCCGGCAAAGCAUCCGCCACAGCGGGGAGCCUAUGCCGGAUGGGAAGCGGCACAAGUGUGAUAAUCGACUCCGAGAAUGGAAUCGAGGCGGAGUCAAGAAAGCUCCCUUCAUCCAAGUAUAAAGGUGUGGUCCCACAGCCUAAUGGGCGGUGGGGGGCACAAAUCUAUGAGAAACACCAACGGGUAUGGUUAGGCACCUUUAAUGAGGAAGAUGAAGCUGCUCGUGCUUAUGAUGUUGCCGCCCAAAGGUUCCGUGGCCGAGACGCUGUUACUAACUUUAAGCCUCUUUCGAUAGAAGACCAAUCUGGAGCUGCUGAGUUACGCUUCUUGAACUCAAGGUCUAAAGCUGAAGUAGUAGACAUGCUUAGGAAGCAUACCUACCUUGACGAACUCCACCAAAGUAAGCGCAAUUUUAAAGUCGUGGAUGUUCAUAAGCUAGGAAUAGGAUCCACUCUUUCGUCCGACAAAUCCAAACCCUCCGACUGUGGACAAGAGCAGCUUUUUGAGAAGGUAGUAACUCCAAGUGAUGUAGGGAAACUAAAUAGGUUAGUUAUCCCUAAGCAGCACGCUGAGAAGCACUUCCCGCUCCAAGGCGGAAAUGGGACCGGAACCGGGACGUACUCCUCUUCGUCCAAAGGGGUGCUGUUAAACUUGGAGGAUGUGAACGAGAAAGUAUGGAGGUUUCGGUACUCGUAUUGGAAUAGUAGUCAGAGCUACGUGUUAACCAAGGGAUGGAGUCGUUUUGUUAAGGAGAAGUGUCUUAAGGCUGGGGAUAUUGUAAGCUUCCAGAGAUCUACUGGGCCUGAUAGACAACUCUACAUUGACUAUAAGCAAAGGACCAUUAUUAAUGAGUCAUUGGGUCAGAUCGUCCAAGCCCCGCUAGAGAUCCGAUCAACGGGUCAAAUGCUCAGGUUGUUCGGGGUCGAUAUAUGCAAAGUUCCGACUACCAUGGUGGAAGUGCCGCCGGGGAAUGGAUGUGGGAAUGGGAAGAGAUACAGGGAAGUGGAGUUGUUGGCCAUGGACUCAACUAGCAAGAAGCAGAUGGUGGUUGCUGCCUUGUGACAUCAACCUAAUUUUGUUAAUUGUUUUUUUCAGUCCUUAUUUUUAGUUAAUUAAUUGUUUUAAGUUAAUUAAUUGUUUUAAGUUAAUGUGGAGAUAGCUGACUAGCUGUAGCCGUUUAGGUGGUGCAAGUUGCAAUAUGUAAAUUAGUAUAACUACCAAAAAAAGAAAACACGGCCGAAGAGAGCUGGGUUAUGUUUUAAUGUAAAACUGCAAAAAGAUAAACAGUAUGAAAGGAACCAAAGUUCUAAAGUAAUAAUGGGAAAACUGUCCAUGCCCCUUUUUGUGCAUGAUAUGUCAAUUAAA